CCGACGGCUGCCAGCGUGUCUGUGUGAGCGGCGGCCCGCGUCCAGCCAUCGCUGCAGCGCUGCGCCUCACCAGCCAACAUGGCUGCCGACGACACCGCCGGCGAGAGCCAGCAGAGCAGCGUCGAGGCCCUGCGCAAGGAGAUCGAGUCCCUCAAGGUCAAGCUGGAUGAGGAGCGUCAGAAGAUGAACGACGUGACCGUAUCCACAGUGGCCGGCCGCCUGGAGCCGAUCGGUCCACUCAACAUCAAGUCCCGUCGCGUGCUCAAGGGCCACCAGGGCAAGGUGCUGGGUCUCGACUGGUCUCAGGACAAGCGUCACGUGGUCUCCUCCUCCCAGGACGGUAAGAUGAUCCUGUGGGACGCGUUCACGACCAACAAGGAGCACGCGAUCACCAUGCCGACCACGUGGGUGAUGGCGUGCGCGUACGCCCCCAGUGGCAACGCUGUCUGCUGCGGCGGGCUCGACAACAAAGUCACCAUCUACCCGCUGAGCAUGGACGAGGACAUCUCCUCCAAGAAGCGCACUGUCGGCACGCACACCAGCUACAUCUCGUGCUGCUGCUUCCCCAACUCGGAUCAGCAGAUCCUGACGGGCAGCGGCGACGCGGCGUGCGCUCUCUGGGACGUCGAGUCGGGCAGCCUCCUGCAGAACUUCCUGGGCCACCAGGCCGACGUCAUGACACUCGACCUGGCUCCCUCUGAGACGGGCAACACAUUCGUGUCCGCGGGCUGCGACAAGACAGCCAUGCUCUGGGACAUGCGAACCGGCAACUGCGUGCAGACCUUCGAGGGGCCGGCUGCCGACAUCAAUACCGUCAAGUUCUACCCCAGCGGCGACGCCAUCGCCACCGGUUCGGACGACGCCACGUGUCGCCUGUUCGACCUGCGCGCUGACCGCGAGGUGGCCUGCUACACCAAGGACAGCAUCAUCUUCGGCGUGAACGCGCUGGACUUCUCCGUGAGCGGACGCCUCCUGUUCGCCGGCUACAACGACUACACCAUCAACAUAUGGGACUCACUCAAAGCCACGCGCAUCUCGGUGCUCUACGGCCACGACAACCGAGUCUCGUGUCUGCAAAUGAGCCCAGACGGCACCGCCUUCUGCACCGGCAGCUGGGACUUCACGCUGAAGGUGUGGGCCUGAACGGCAGGCUCAGGCAGUGAGACGUUUCUCAAAAGGGCACAAAGAGGGACCAGCGCGGGCUGGGCACGGUGGCCGCGACAGACCAGCGCCGCUGCUCCCGACCGCCGGCCGCAGCACGCCUGCAACGGCUGAUGUGAACUCGAUCUCUAUUGUCCAGCAGAUCUCUGUUAGCGCUUAGCGACCUGCUGUCCUUAGCGUUUGUUUCGCGCACAGGCAAAUGAGCUUGGGCAAACAAGGUUUCUCUAUUUUGUUUUCUGCCCCGAAGCUAGGGCCAGCUGGCUGCACUGUUGGCUAAUUGCGUCCAUCGUAACGCGCACGGCUAGGCUAAUGUCACCCUGCAUUACGUCGCUUUUUCCAUGGACCUCUCUUCAUUGCCGGGAGAUGGCCGAGGAGAAACCUUCGACCAUCUCCUGGCCAAGCUGAGCAUCCCAGCGCCGUCUACACAUCCCGAUCAUGGAUUGUGCUGCCACCUGGGAAAUAUUAGGUAAACCAGAAAUUCGUACGGUGGUCCACUUUGAUGCAGGGACAUUUGAUCUUUUGAUAAAGGGACGUUGCGAAGGGCAGUGCCGUGGGGUCAUGCCAUUCGCUCUUUUGAAACAACAGGCUGAGCUUUAAAGUAUUUGCGAUAUGCAAUGGGUGAUUUCCCGGGAAUAUGACGCAAAUUUGCAGGAUUUCGGAGAACGCUUGGUAUUAGGCCCACCCACCCCAACAAAAUCGGGGUUACGUGACCGAUUUUAUGCAUGGCGAAACAAUGCUAUCAGAGUAGAAUGUCUGAUGUUUCAAUCGCUUACCUGCUGCAUGGCAAAUUUCGGUUUUCUAUAACGCACCACGCACAACUUGUCUAAAAUUGGCCUCCUCCGCCUGCCUGUUUUGAGGCUCAUUUGGCGCAAGAUCGAAUGGAGCUGGCCUGAAUAUUGGAGAACCAAACAUACUGGUCGGAGCUAGAAGGACGGAAGACGGGAUGAGUGUAUGCUUCAUACCAUGUGUUGGCUUCACCCCCGCGGCCAGUGACAAGUCAUCCGUGUGCUAUCCUACGGCGAGAUUUUGGUUUUGUCCUGUGACGUCACCGGAGUUCGUGGCGUUGGCGCAGCAAAUACGGAAACGCCCACCCUAAGGCCGCCGUCACAUGAGCCACACAAUAUUUCAUCGCGCUCCUGGAGCCUCGAGCUCUCUUCACCCUCCAGUGACGUCAAUAAGGAGGACGGAACUGUCUGGCCUGUUAAAAAGCCUUGUUCACAGUAAUGCAGGUAUCUGGCGUCGGCGGUCUUGAAUGGCAUUGAUUGACGCUACAGCGCGCAGUGAUGCGAAGGCGUGCUCACCUGUUUGUUGAGGAUCGCCGUGCUGCGUCGUGUUUAGAACGCAAGCGCGCCUCGCAGCGGCGCCGCACUCAGAUCGUCGCAGAAGAGCGGUUAGUGAGAUCGCAGCGGACCUAGAACGCAUAGCGGCGUCCCGUCUCCCGUGCGCAGCCGCGUGGUUUGUUCUGAAGGGGGGAGGGGGGAGGGGAACGCCGGCCGCGUGCCCUCGUGUUGAUGGCCUCCUUUUGUUACCCUAUUUCAAGGUCCAGUGAGCCGGGCGUAGCGCGUGCUGUUAAGACUCCACUUUGACGUUAAGAAUGCCGCUGUCGGUGGCCGGCCCUGAUGGAUGGCGCGUUACUUUGUGAUGUAGGUAAAUAAACCACGAAUGCCGUUUUC